UAUACUGUCUAAUUCAAUAUUUUAUUUAUAAAAUAUAUAAUAUUAUCUUUAGAAUAGUUUUUGUAUCAUAAUAUGAAAUAUAAAAGUAAAAUUAAAAUUAAAAUUUUAAAACUUUAAGUCGAAGCUGUUUAGGUUGUAUUGAUUGGACGGAGGUAAAUAAUAUGUAGAAUAAUCAACUGAACAAAAACUAAAAUACAGUGAGUGUGUGUUUAACCGGUAGUCGGUAAAAAAUGUUGCGUGGAAAAAAAGCACAAGUAAAAUCUAACAGACCGAAAACUUCGAAAAAAUAAAUAUACGACACGAAUCGUUCUCCGGUAAUAAAUCUCGCGCAAAUAAACCCACAGAUAAAUAAAAGCGCACGUGUGUUAAGUACACAGAACUGUACUAUACAAGUCUGUACUCUGUAAUAUAAUGUUUAAGUAUGAAGUAUGCGUACAAAUCACUAAAUAAUAUUUUGUCACCACCUGUAAAAUCACUCCAAACCACUCGCAUAAAUCCACCCAACGACAGUUUUUAAACAUUAACUUGACUUGGAAAACGUUACUUUUGCCCAAAAAUUCAAUUGGAUGGUCUUAUCCAAAAUUGUGUAUUUGAAAAGCUAUAAUAGCUUAUUAUUCAAAUCACUUUCACAUUUUAUACAAUAAAACCUCAAUAUAAUUAUAGUCCCUGCCGAGUGCUAAGUGAGAAAUAAAUUGAAAAACCCAAACAGAACUAAAAUGACUCACAUAAAUAAAUCAGAAAUAACAUAUAUAGAAAAUAUAGUUAAAAGGUCAAAAUCUUUCGAAAGGCCAACUUAAACAUGAGAAAAACCAAAAUCAUAUACCCGUUUCCGACUAAAUCUAUUUCGUUUUUCCACGUCUCAGAAUUUUUAUUAUUUCACAAGGUUAUAAUACUACCUACAAUCUACAUAUCACUAAUUACCAUCAACUGUUGGAAAAAUGUUGUUAUUUUACUGUUGAAACCGGUGAUACGGGGGUAAUUGUAAUUUCAGAACAGAAUGAUUCAUAACUAAUAAAUUUAAAGACCCAAAACGAGAUUCUUAAGAUUCUUAAUCUCUACAAAAGCAUUAAGAGGAAAAUAUAAAAAUGAGUAGGUAUCCAAGAAACACAAGAAUGACAAAUUCUUUUUUAAAGGUUUUUAUUUUUUUAUUUGAAUAAUAAACUUAUAAAUUAUUUGUUUUCUAUCAUAAAAUGUAUCAAAUAAAUUGUAAUCAAGCUAGUAAAAUUAGUAAUAACUGAAUGUAUUCAGUAUUUUGACAAACAGUGUUGUCUCAAUAUUUAAAACCACUUUUUAGUAGGUAAAAGUAUUUAAAUUUAUUUUUAGUGAAGUCAAUGUGGGUAGAUUCAUCAAAAUAUCGAAUGAAUUUUGCAAAAACAACUAAUAUUGUUUUUCGUCAAAUAUGGUUUUGUUUGUGUGUUUUUAUUGCAAGUUUUUUUUUUCAAUAAUUGACACUGUUCAUGCGUCAACUGAUAUUUUAUUGAGUAUAGCAUUACAUGAAUAAUUUGAUUAAAUUUAUUUUAUUUCACCAUAACUAUAACAAAAAAAACAGACUACCCUGCAGUAGUGAUCGAAACUAUUUGAAUAUUUGAAUAUUCAAGACUCAGGUAGGUACUCGAUUAAACAGUAAAAUUGUCCGAAUUUUAACUUCACAGUGUUGUAUGAUACCCGCAAUUAUUAAUAUAUUAAUAUGAUUACCGGGUAUAUAAGGAAAUACUGUGCAAAAACAUUAUAAUUAAAAAAUGUAUAAAAAAAACAUGAUUCGAUGAAAAUAACAUUCAUUUGAUAUUCUAGAUUAUGUUUUCAUUCGAGGUAAUUUAUAUAGGUAAUAUAUACUAUAGGCGAUAUAGAUAUUAAUACAAACGAAUAAUUAUAAAAUGAUAAAUCGAUAAUAUAAUAAUAAUAAUAAUAUAGUCGGUAGAAGUAUUGAUCGACGUGUCUUUGAAAUAUUAUAUUUCAAGUGAAAAUAUUGGGUUUUUAUAACACAAUUUAUUGUACCUGUGUACGAAAUAUUAUGUUGCGAAUGUAAUUAAUAUACCUAUGGCUAGGUACCCAUAAUAGUGAUUGGCACACACGUGUUCCUAACCAACCGUACCAACCGUCCCAACCCUACCGUUCCAACCCUACAGGCUAAUAACCUCAGUCGUGGAAACCUUAAAUCUAAAAAAAAAAAUAAAAAAAUACUGAUUGGCAAUAAAUACUCAUCGUGUGUCCGCGUAUACGACAGCAGAGUGUUGUGACAGGAUCAGGCAGCACACAAGUGGUUUGGAUAAAAAUAUUGUACAAAAUCCACGCGGAUAACUUGCCUGUGGACUGUGACAGCCUGAAGUCAGUUUUGUCCAUUUCUACGGAAGAAUUAAAGACGUCUCUAAAGUCACUCUGUAUGCAGUAGCUAUAGAACCUCAAUACCAAAAUGGAAUCUGAGCCGGUAAUUGUGGUGGAUCAAGAAAACUGUUUUAAUGAAGAAGACGAAGAUAUAGAUGAUGUGGCCGGAUAUGGACAAGGAUGUCCCGAUACUCCUCCGCAGGACCCUUUUUUCCUGUCUCCUUUUAGAGACAUGCGGAAACGCUCAUUACCGACACCGCAAUGCACAUCUGGAAUAACUGCUAGUCAAGUGCGGAGGUUGAGCGAUCAGGGAGCGGCCGGUGCGGCUGCCAGGGAACAGGCGUUCUUGGCCACGUUGACCAAGGCACCGGGGCCCUACACACCGGGUCGCCGACAUUCGGUCAUCACGAUAUCCAAGGCGCCCAUGCCGUUGUUCGGCCGCAACAGGCGCGAAUCGAUUGCAGCGUUUCCCAGCAAGGGUCCGAGGGUGAACCGCAGGGACUCGGCCGGUGGCGCCACGCCGUCUCCCACCGGUAGUCAGUUCAACUUGCAGCUGGACAUCAUGGACGACAUAGCGGACAUCAAGGCGGCACGGAAGGUCAGGAUGAAGAUGUGGCAAACCGAGGACAAGGAAAAGAUGUGCGAGCUCCAGUCGAUGGACGGCGAAAACAAGCAAAUGUCCAGGUUCAAAGAGGCCAGGAGGUAUUCCAACAUCGACGUGUGCGAAAAAAUCGCUCCGCCCAUACCGGCCCGGCGACGCGCAUCAGAGCUGCCUCCCAACUUGACGCCGCAGGCCGGUAAACCAUCGUCGGCGUCGACGGCUGCGGCCCAAUCGUCCGGGAUCGUGUGCACGAACACGGAUCUACUGUCGAUAAUGAACUCGUUGAAGUCGACGGCCACCAAAGCGUUGCAGUCGACCAAAGGCAGCGGCCCGCGGCAACGGGGCAGCAGCAAGACUACGGACAGCCUUCCGACCGGCGUGGUCGGCGACGUCAGCGGCAGCGACCGUCGGCGAGACGUGCUCCGGACAGGCCGGUCCAAUAGUGUGGACGUGGCCAACAUAGGCGCGGCGGCGGCCAUGGCGGCUGCCGCUGCGGGAAACAGCACCAGAAAUUGGUUCAGGAAAAUGUCCACCCGGACGGCGACCGCUGUGUCGAUGGCGGCGGGGCGCACCGACGCCGAGUGCGCGGAACAGCGUCUGGCCACCGGCGGUGUCGAGUACGUGGUGCAAAAGUCGCCCGUCGUCGUGACGUUUGCCGACGAACGGCCAAAGGUGUCGCUGUUGAUCGAUCCGUCAUCCGGUUGCAAACCGGAAAAGCACUGCACGACACCAUUGUCCCCGCCGCCGCCACCACCGCCACCGCCGUCGUCGUCCGUCGAAAAGAAACCGGCGCCCAACGGUGGUGACGUAGUGGUGUGGGACCGGCCCACCGGUUCGGUGGUGAACGCCGAGGUGUUGGGCACGGCCAUUGAGGGCUUCUUGGCCGCGAAGAAGUCGGGCGAUAGCGCCGACGCGUCGCCGACCGGUGACGGCGAGCACAACGAUCACCCGUCGCAGCAGCAGCAGCCGUCCGGAGGCAAGCCCGUCGCCAAAACGUCCACCGACCCGAGCACGCCCGCCCGCACGUGCGACACGUCCAUCUGUUCGUCGCUCAAAGAUCUGUUCGUCAAAUAGCUAUAAGACCGCUCGUGCCGGUCGAUUCACCUGUGUAAUUAACUCUAUAUUACGAUUAAUUACGACAUAUUGUUAUCGUGUUGACAAUGUGGACUACAAUGUUAUGCAUAUACAUAAUGUUAUAUUAAUAUUAUAUACCCAAACAAUAAUAUUAUCUACCCGGUAAGCGAUCCCCACCCACACAUAUUAUACCAGGCAUCGUCCACCCACACACACACACACACACGUCCCUGGCAUCGUUCACUCCACCCUGGCCUGCAGACUUUAGUAAUUAUCUCAAACGGUCUUGUUUUUGUCAUCGCAAUUGUUUCGAAACGUUUCAUGAUUUAUGCAAGUAUGCCCAUAUAAUUUAUGUCGACGACAAGAAUAAUUGAUUUCAUUGUAUUAUAGGUAGAUGGCAUUUAUAAUAUUACUGGUAUGGUGGUAUACAGAUUUAUAUAUGCAAAAAGCACAAAGCACGUUGAAAUUCAUGCGUACUAUUAUUGGUUAUAAAUAGUUUAAUACCUGUUUAUACUCAAUGGUAUUAUAUUAUGUGGGUGUAGGUUUUCAAAGAACCUAUUUAAUAAAAAUAUUUUUAAAACAUUAAAAAUCACACUGCUUGUAUAGAUUAUUAUUAUUAUUAAUAAUAUUAAUAUAAGAAUCUGCACAAUAACUCGAAUCUCCCAUAAUUUUUCGACUCUUUAACGUUUCUUUUUGACUCUAAAAUAAUUUUUACCAGAUUCAAAAAGUGUACUAAGUGUUACACGAUCAUAUAACCAAAAAUUCCACCACCUAGGUGCGAUAAGAGUUCGAUACUUUGUGUAUGAGAACCGUAUAAUAUUUCAAUUAUAAGAAUUUAUUAAUAUCGAAUAUAAAUAAUAAUAUAAUAUCACACCUAUGAUGCGUUUAAAUCUGGUGACUGUGCAUCGUACGAAUAGGGCUUCUCGUGAGGUAAUAACUGACGUCUAAUUUCUCGAUACCCGCAUAAUAUUGUGUAAAAUAUAUUCAUAUUUAUGCAUACGAUUACUUACGUCGUCCCUCGGUGUGAUGUACUGAUGUAUAAUGUAUAAACUAUGAGGUGUGUGUUCGACGAGGACGAGAGAUUUGAAAUGGGGAAAUCGUUGAAAUCGAUUCGCCGACUAUAGGUACACGCGCGCCGAAUAUAUUUUAUGGUCGACGAUAUCCCAUAAUAUCGUAAUAAUAUACUGCGUCAUACAUCAGCCCGUCAAUGUACAGAGCGAUUCACCAAGCGUGUUCGUCCAAAAUUAAAAAUUGAUACAAUAUUGGAUCUUGUAUUCAUUAUACAUGGACAACAAUAUUUAUAAAUUUUAAGCUUUGAUGGAUUAAUAUACAUUAACACAAUUUACAAAUUACCAUAGCCCUUCGUAUUAUCUUGUAAACCCAUUACGAUAAUGGGUCCACGGUGGGCCUAUUGUCCUUAGUAAACACAAAGUUAGAUAACUCAAAAGCUAUAAUCAAUUAUAUUUAUAACAUAACUAUGAUUGAUUUUCAAUUAUGAUACGUUGACGUUUUCAAAAAAAAUAUCAGCUAAAUAAUUUACAGUAGAAUAGGAGGGGGGAGUUGUCGUUUGAAAAAGUGCAGGAGUUUUGAUCUUUUUGAUUAGUUGAUACGAAUAACUGCAUCGUCUGAGAAGACAAAUUGGGUGAACUCAUGCUCGGCAAAUCGCCCCGUAUAUCAUAUAAUAUUACAAUACAAACCGCACAUAAUCUUCUCGUAUAGGUGUCGUCCUGUGGUAAUUAUACUCACACCAGACGUGCGCGUUGUACUUGUGCGCACUUGUCAUCGUGUCUAUAUAACAAUAUGAUUCUUAUAAUAAUAUUAUAUUGCGGUGUGCCCGCUCAAGAUUAUAAUUCAAAUAAUAAUAAUAAUAAUAUAAUACGCCUUAUUGCGACCGUAUAAUCGCACGCGCGUGCUGGCGGUGGUGAGCGGUGGUGCUGUUAACAGGUAGGUGAACGCGUACAGGCGGUUAUUAUAAUAUUAUCCGCAAUAAUCGUUUCGCCGGCGAUUAAUAACCAUAUAUUUUAGUACAAUAUAUAAUAAUUAUUGCACAUUGACGGGCCCCGCCGCUAAUCGUUACUGCGUUGUACGUCAUCAUGGAUAGGUAUUUCGUAUUCAUGUUAUUUUACCAACAAUUAUUGACCGUAUAAUACGCAAUGUACAUUUUACAUAUAAUAAUAUAAUAUACUAUAAUAUAGCCAUAUAGGUACACAUAGCACAUAAUAGAUAUUAUAUGGGAACGAUGAUUUCACGCGGCGAUGGUUGUAUAUCUGAACCUACCUGUGCAUAAUAUUAGUAGGUAGGUACUAUCUCAAAAAUUGUCGAGGUAUAUAUUUCUUAGAUAAUUUAAUAACACGACGAAACAACGUUUUUCAAAAAAACAAAAAAGUUCACUGUUUUUUUUUUUUAUCGGUAUAGUUUUUUUAAGAUUUGCGCUUUUUUUGCAUGAGACCACAUACAUUUUUAUUAUACAAAAUAAAAUUGUUAAUCGUUAUUUCUAAAUUUGGCUGGCGUAGUUAAUUAAUUAUAGGACGGUAUUUAAUAUUGUGAUGAGUGCAGUGGUGGGUCGUGUGGAGUGGUACAGAUGAGGUACUCUGCGAAAUAAUGUUCAUUUGUUCGACUUAUCUACCUACCUUUUAUAUACUCAUAACUAAUUAGAUAUUAGUUUUGACCUUGAAAAUAUAAGUGCAUAAAAAUCAUUUGAAAAAUAUUCCACAUAGGAAUAUGAAGUUAAAAAUAUAUGUGCUCAUUAAAAAAGUAAAAACUUAAAAAAAAAUACAGCGAUAAAAUUUAGUGAAACUGUUGAUUUGUAAUAGCUUCAAACAAUCUAAUAAAUAUAUUAUUAAAUACUUUAAUACUUUUCUAAAAAAUUAAAAGAAACAGUAAUCAAAAGGUAAACCUAUAUUACAAACAUAGUGAUUCGUUUUCAUUGCACCAAUGGGUUUUUGUGAGGCGGUUAUCGUUCAAACAGAGCAAUAUAAAAUAAAAUAAAAAAAUUACCAGGAUAAUAAUAAUAAGACUCUUUCGGAAAAAUACGGGACAGCGUUACCUAUAGAUAUAGCUAGUGUACUUCAGACUGUUGAAUAAAAUAUUUAAAAAUAUUGUUUUAAAAAAGCGACAGCCGACUUGGGUGAUAACGAGUGUCCCGAGUUAAAAUAUAAUUGACAUGUGGCACAUAAUCAUGAAUAUAAUAUAUUAUUUACUGCAGCAAUGGUAUCCAAACUACGGCCUGCGGACAAGUUUUUACUAUAGGAGGUAUAUUAUAUUGUAUUGUAGGCGCUCCAUGCGAACUAUAUUUUCGUACUUUAGAAUUUUCCGUACGCCAAUACAACGCGAUACGGCAAUUAUUUGAGUUUUUCCCGUGCACAAAAGUCGUUUGUGCGGCGCACAAAAUAGACCCCCAGGCCAGUAGAUAUAACUGCCGCGAAAAAUCCAAAAAUAAACUAUUCGUAUAUUAUCUUUCUUUUGUUUGUGAAAUAGGUAGGUACAACGUGGAUACACAUAUAUUAUAAUGGUCCUGCGAUCAAUACCUUUAGCUAAACUUCGAUAAAUUCGUUUCAAUAGGGGGAAAAUACACGUCUGGUAUACACUAUGCGCGAAAUUUAAAUGUCUUUUGACACACUGUUGUUAACAACCGGUAAAUACUUGCAGCUAUAGUGUCAUUGAAAUGUCUAUAAAACUAUAAAAAUUAUAAACGUGAUUAGGUAUAAAAUGCUUUGGCCCGCAAAGAUUUUUUAGUUUAUUAUAAUUCUCUGGUGAAAAAAUGUCUGGAGACCCCCAGCUGUAUUAUUUAUAAAUUAUAAUAUGUAUAAUACCGUGUAUAUAGUACACGCUAUAUCCAUUGUGUGUGUGUGUAUAUUAUAAUAUAUUAGAACAUAAUAUGCGUGUACACAAAUCUCGUUUGACGACCUCGACAAUCUCUUUGCGAGAUUUUUUUUAAUCAUUUUACUACACAUACUCAUCGUGGCACAUUAAAAAUAUAUAUAAUAUUAUGUACUUGAAUAUCAACCCUUCACAUUGCGCGGAACACGGUAGACGACAUCGGCGCAUAUAAGUCUAAUAUAAUAUAUAUAUAUAUUAUAUAUACGAGGUAUAGGCACUCGGAUGGAAAAUAUAUAUUAUGCAUAUAUAUUAUUGUUGCGUAAAAACUCAUCAUUCAUAAUUUAAUAGAUGGAAACGCUAUCAAACAUUCGGUGUGCGUAUAGCUAUACAAUAUAGAGGUAUAUUAUAUAUUAUUAUAUUUACCCGAACGAACGACACAUAAUCGAUUUACUGCAGCUUAUACGCUCUUCUUCGAGAACCAUCUGUUUAACGGGAUAAAUGUGAUGAGAUUUUUCUCCUUCUUUAUAUUUAUAUUUCCUUUUUAAUCGGUAAAUACGCCGCCGUGUAACUAUACGGAUGUUUUCCUCUUUGGAUUCAUUCAUUUUUAACUUUGUAAGCCGAUCCGUCUUCCCACGCGUCUUCUAUACCUAUAAUAACCUGCAGUCAUCGCCGCCACCGUGAAUUUCUAUCGUAUACAAUAAUAUUAUUUGUGGUGUUCGCAUAUGAAGGCGUACGGAUAAUGCGUAUUUAAAAUAUAUAUAAUAUCAUAUUCAGCUGCUAGAUUUCCACUGGCUUUUACUUCUGCAGAUCCGCUGCCGUUUCGUCUUCAAAGAACAACAACAAUUUAAUAACUGCUGCCCCGCGCGCAGUGUGUGUGUGUGUGUGUGUGUGUGUGUGUGUGUGUGUGUGUGUGGAGCUCUUUCUCUUUUGUGCAAAUCGUACGAGUCAUAUAAUAUUAUAUUAUACGAGUAUAUAUAUUGUGUACCGGAUGGAUUUGAUUUAAACACGCGUGUACAUUAGAAGUACCUGCCUAUAUAUAAUGUAUAUCAUAAUGUGUAUUGUUUUAUGUAAUAUGUAUAUACAUAAAAGUGUAUAUAAACUAUAAAGUGAGACACCAAAAGAUGCUGUCUGAACGCAUAUAAUUUGCAUGCAUAAAAAACAAACGGUUGUCAACAACUAUAAAACGUGUGUAGUUAGACACAAUACGCAUAGUGAUUCGCCAAGUAUAUAUACCCCUCGUGUCGUGGUCUUUGUUAAACGAGCAUUUACCCACUCGAAUUAUUUUUGAUUUUUUUACGAAGACGCGUCUAAAUUGAUACCAACACACGAAAUUCCUCCUUGAAUAAUAAACGAAGUGAAAAAUAUCUAAAUACUUGAAAAUAGGUCUAUAACUAUGAAUAGCCACCAACUAAUAAACUAAAUAAAUUUCAAUUGAAAUUGAUUCAUAUUAUAAUAAAACGGGGCUCGCGUGCUUAGCAAAUCACCCUGUAUAUUAUAUUGUGAUAAUGCCAUAAACCCCGUUGGAUAUAUUAUUAUAAUAUAAUUAUGCAUUAUUCCAUUAUCGUCGGUAGUUCCUAAUCAAAAGAGAAUAAAAAAAAUGAAAAUCGUUUGACUUCCCAUUAUUAUGUAUAUAAUAAUAUAUUAUAUACAUGCGGACAAUCAAUAGCCCUUUUGUGUAAUAUAUUGUAUUAUAUUAUAUACAUGCGUAACUAUAUACAUAUAUAAUGUAUAAAAGUAUGUAUGAUGUACCUAAACCUAAUACAUAAUAAUAUGUCAAUUCGAAAUUACUCGUUAUCGUUUUAUUGAUUUAUUCGUCAUAAUAGUUUGAAAAUCGACGUCGUAUAUAAAUAAAUGUAUGGGCGGUCUCUCGUUAGUCGUUAUGUAUUAUAUAAAUGCGUAUUGUUAACUCCAUCGUAAGCCUGUAAAGAAUAAGUACUUUUACCUAUAUGUAUAAAUGUGUUGAGUAAAAAUAUACAUUCAAUUCCAAUUCCCUGUAAAUAUUUACAUAAUUUUCAAACGUGUUUCGUCUUGUUAAAAAAUUAUCGGUGUUAUGUAUAUUUUGAUAGUCCUCAUUGUUAAUGCAAAUGUGGUUGACCAACACGAGUUUUUAAUAUUUGUAUGUAAUUAUUAUUAUUAUUAUUAUUAUUAUUAUUAUUAAAAUACGCACAUUUUUAAUAUGUAUAAAAAUUAAAAGACUAAUGCUUUAGCCGUUAUAGGUAGGUAUCUAUAAUUGCAUGGUUCGUAAAUAGGUACCUACAAUAUCUUUUAACGAAGAUUUUGUGACAUUCUAUAUUUAAAAUCCUUGAAAACCAUUUUACAUAAUAGAACAUUAAGUCGAAAGACUCGUUUACCUAUGAUACUUUAAAUUAAUACAAUUAGUACCUACAUAACUAUAAAUAUUUAGUAGUACAUUUUUCCAAAUUUAGAAAAUUUAGAAAAUUAGUUUAAACUUUGAGAAAAAUUUUAGUUAUAAUAUCGAUGAAGACAAAACUGAUAAAUGAUUUUAUCAUGAUACACAGAUGUGACAAUAAAAAUUAAUUUUUAAUUUUAAUUUAAAUAAGUAUUAUUUGUAAUGUUUGAAAAUAAUUUAUAGAUAAUUAAUUCAUUAAACCAUUUAAAUAAAACACAGAAGAAAUAUAAAACAUCAAUACAUUUUGUGCACAUAAUUAUUAUAAAUUGCAUUAUUUAAAACUAAAAUAAAAUACCUAAAAAACCUAAAAAACGAUUAGCCUUUUAGUUUUUACGUACAUAAGUAUUUAAGUUGUACAAAUAACUAAUGUCAAAUAAACUAAAAAUAUCAAAUAUUCAUUAUUUAAAUUAAUUAAUUUGUUUAUUUAUUUAUUUAUAUAUAAUAUAAUCACCCACUAGAAUAAUUUAUUUUUAAUAAUCCUUGUUAAAUAUAUAAUAAUUUUAAAGUUGUUGGUAGGAAUCACGGCUGUAUAUAUCUAUUAUACACCUCAGCCCUGUGGUAGAAAUAUCUAGGUAAAAUUGUAAAAAAUAGAUCAAACUUUUACUUUAUAUAUAUUAUUAUUUAUUAAAUAAUUAUACUAUAUAAAUAGGUAAAUAUACUAUGUUAACUUUUGGAUAUACUAAAUAGUUACAGUUGGUAGUUAAUUUAUUUUAGUUCUUGUUGAUUGUUAAGAUAAGAUGAGACUCAUAUUAUGGAUUUAAAAUUAUAUAUAGGUAUAUUUCGUAGUUAUAAUGUACUCAAUUAAUAAACAGAUAAUUUUAUCGAAUAAUAUUGAAAAUUUUUCAUGAUUUGCUUACAAUUUAUGGCACGAAAUAAUUAAUAAUAAAUAAAAGGCGUGUAAUUACAAAAUUAAAUAUACAGAUACCAAAAUAUAUUUCUACGAUUUAGUAGGUAUAAAUUAGAUGGAUAAAAUAAAAUAUGCGAUAGGAAUAAAAUAAGUUUGUUCCAUUACUAUUCAUACCUACAUUGUUAUACUAACUCGUAUACAAUUUUAGCGCAUCUAGAUAGUAUAGUAUAAAUGUAUAAUGUAUAGUUUCUAAGAAUUUUCGUUUUAAGAACAAUAAUCAUUGUUUACUACUGUUUUCAUUCACUACAACAGUUAUAUGUAAUUAUUAUUGUUAAAUGAACAAUAUAAUGCGAUGAACUUUCAUUAUUGUAUAACCGAUCUGGAUUCGUAUCUACAGUGAUAUACUUAUUUUGUUUUUUUAAAUAAAUUAAAUACGAGUCGGCUUAGGAUAGAGUUGUAGCCAAUAAACUGUUUUGUGUUAGUGUGCCGGCAGGUAUUAUUAUAAUACUUGAUAUAGAUAUUAAGAUUUAUUACAUACGUAUAUAUUAUAAAGCCGUAUAGGCGCCUUGUAAUAAAUUAUAAUAGUUUAACGCUUAUUAUACUGCUUGCAGCCUUAUCGGUACCUACCUACACAUACCUAAAAGUAUGAUAGUCAGGUGAACGAUGGUAAUUUUGUAAUAGGUUUCUAAAUAGCUAUGUAUAAUAUAGCCGGAGGUGAACUGCGAGAAUAAAACUUUUUAUUUGUUUAUUUCGUUGAUAUUAUACUUAAUAAUGGACAUUAAUUAUUAUUUUUUUUGUUUUAAUCAUAGAUAUAUAAUAUAACUAUAUAAUUGUAAGCAGCAUAAUUAAUUACAAAGGAAUGACAACAAUUAAUUUACAAUGUUUACUUCUGUUUUUGUUAUAACUUAUAACUAUAUUAUAGAUUAUACCUCUUAAAUUCCUGCCUAAUACAAAUAUUUAAGAUUUUCAGAUUUAGUUUAUUAUGUAUCAUAUUAUACAAAUGUUUUAAAAGUAUCAUUCAUUUUGGUCAAUUAUUUUAAUUUAUAUAAACGAAAAAACGGCAAAAACUGACGAAGACGGUUGUAACGUUUAAUAGGUAGGUAUUAAGUCAUCGCGUUUGAUUAUUUUUAAAUAAAUCAUUGUUUAAAUAUUUAUUAUAUUAUUAAGUAAUAAUACAAAUUAAACCACAGUAUACAAAUUAAUAUAACUGUAUACGAUUGGAUUACAGUUUAUAAAAUAUCUUGUUGUAUACCUACCUUACUAGGUAUAGGUGUAGGUUCAUAUUAAACUGUUUUCAAUUAUUAUAAUAUUAAACAAUAUACCUAUCACGCGCGUGUUUUUUAUAAUUUGUGUUGAUACUUUGAUACUCGGUAAUAUUUUAAAAUUGUUCUAACUAUGAAAAAAUAUCUCUCUAUAAUAUUUGUCUACAUAGAAAUAUUUAACUGAAUAUUUUAAAACAUAUUCGUAUAAACUAUAAACUAUAAACUUAUAUUAUUAAAAACAAAAUUCUCUAUUAAAAGUUAUUAAUAUAUCGAUCUAGGUACUUAAAUUUAUAAUGCAAUUUUUCUCAAAUUACAUUUUAUUCAUGUUGUAAUAAUAAAAACUACCAUUGUUAAAAUAAUAUAAUAUGAUAUAUUAAUUUCACUACCUAUAUAAAUUGUAGAUAUUUAUUUAAAUUCAAUAUUGUUUGUUUAUAUUCUAUUAUUUUAAGAAUUUCAGAUAUAUAAUAGGCUAA